ACUCUCAAUCGAAUACAGCAGCAACACGCAUCGACAAAUCAAUUUGGGGAAAAAUGUCAGGAAGAGGAAAAGGAGGCAAGGGAUUGGGAAAGGGAGGAGCCAAGCGGCACAGGAAGGUGCUGAGGGAUAACAUCCAAGGGAUAACGAAGCCGGCGAUCCGCCGCCUCGCCCGCCGCGGCGGCGUCAAGCGCAUCAGCGGCCUCAUCUACGAGGAGACCCGCACCGUCCUCAAAAUAUUCCUCGAGAACAUCAUCCGCGACGCCGUCACCUACACCGAGCACGCCCGCCGCAAGACCGUCACCGCCAUGGACGUCGUCUACGCGCUCAAGCGCCAGGGACGCACUCUCUACGGCUUCGGAGGCUAGCUAGGGUUUUCCAAUUUGGGGGAAUCGUUCUCGAUUCUUUGUAGAUUAGGUUUUUCCUCGAAUUAAUUCCAAUUGUUGGUUUAGUAGAUCCGAUUUCGGAACAAUUCAAAUUUUGAUUUCAUCAA